AUGUCGUAUAAUCCUUACGCGUACGCCCAACACGAUGAAAGAAACGUGUAUUUGAACGAUCGAUCUCAACAAGGGCCAGGAGGCAUCCCAGCGCAGCACCCAAACGCAGCUUCAAGUUUUGGCAAAGGACCACAGCAGCAUCAACAGCAGCAGCAGGCAAACGCGCCCAAUGGCAGUUUCCCGUUUCAGGACCCCAGAUCGUCUAUGGCAUACCAAUUGGGACAGUCGGCUUUCUCCAACAUUAUCGGUCAAAACAAUUUCAGUCAAAUUCAGGAAAACCUAAGCAAGGCCACAGGCGACACAUCCGCCGUGUCGCACUAUUUCCAAGUGUCUAACAGCUACGUGUUUCGCAAGUUGAAAAUCAUCCUCAUGCCCUUUUUGCACCGCAACUGGCAACGACUGCCCACCCCUCAAAAUGGCACCGUGUCUGGCCCCAGCUUCCAGGUGCCUCGCGUUGACGUAAACUCGCCAGACAUGUACAUUCCCGUGAUGGGCCUCGUGACGUACAUCCUGUGCUGGAACUUCCAGCAGGGCCUUCAGGGCUCUUUUGAUCCCGGCAAUCUGUACCAAAGACUGUCAACAACUCUGGCAUCCGUUUUGAUGGACUUGUUCAUUCUCAAGAUGGGACUUUUUCUGUUAGUUUCCGCGAAAUCACCCACCACCAGCAUAGUCGAGCUUGCGUGCUACGUCGGCUACAAGUUUGUCCCAUUGACCUUGGCCUUGCUCCUGCCCUCGACGCCAUAUUUCGCAUCCGUGGUGGGCAAAGUGUACCUACUAAUAGCUUUCGGCGUAUUUUUGCUAAGAUCCGUCAAGUUUAAUCUUUUUGUCGAUGGCGGCAACGAGGUGCACACUGUGAAAAAAAGCGUUGUCAAGAAAUGCAAUUACUUCUUGUUUAUGUACGGCUUUGUUUGGCAAAGUAUUUUGAUGUGGCUAAUGGGAUGA